CCACUUUAGAGCAGGUGGUGCGCGUGAACUUAGAUGCGUAAUCACGCGCCUGGAGAUCUGAGGCGAAAUUCUUUUAAACUUUAUCUUGGAGAAACAGGUUAGUUUAAGUUUUUAAAGAGCUUUUAUUCAUAUACCUGACAUUAACUCGACGCUUUAAGUAAUAAAAGUUCGCCAAACACACUUUAUCCAGAGUUUUACAAUGGCAGAGGGGGAUUAUUAUACUUUGGGAAACCGACAGAGGAUUCCGCGGGAUCCGUUCCGAGAACAGUCGCUUGCGUCUCGGUUUAUGGACGAUGACUUUGGACUUCCACCCUUUCCCAAUGAGUUGUCCAUGGAUUGGCCCGGGUGGGCUCGGCCUCGCCUGAGCCACCGCCUGGACGCCCCUUGGACAGGCUCUUUGCGCUCGGGCUUCCCGCGGGCGAGUAUGAGCUCCCCGCAGGGCUUCAGCUCUGUGUACACCGAGAGCCCACGACGAGCCACCGCGCCCCCGACCGACUCGGACGAGCCGUGGAAAGUGUGCGUAAACGUGCACAGCUUCAAGCCCGAAGAGCUUAAUGUCAAAACUAAAGACGGCUUUGUAGAGGUGUCAGGGAAACAUGAGGAAAAGCAAGACGAGGGAGGAAUUGUUACCAAAAACUUCACAAAGAAAAUUCAAAUCCCAUUGGAUGUGGACCCUGUCACUGUGUUUGCCUCUCUUUCCCCUGAAGGGGUUCUCAUCAUUGAAGCCCGACAAACCCCUCCGUACUACCUCUACAGCAAUGAAAUGCCAGCAGAAUCAAUGGAAGAACCUGAGGCCAGACCUCAGGAGCCCAGCAUGACUUCAACCACAACCUUUGAGGCCAGGGAGUGAACGGGAGAUUGCGCAACUCUUAUUUGUUCCAAGCCCGUGCUACAAUCUAGGUUUAACAGUUUCAAACAUAUACUUAAAUCAAAAAGUCAUUAAUCUGAAAGCAAAUAGUCCAUAAAUCAUCAAAAGUUACUCUACUGUAUCUGGUUGGGUCAAAUACAACAUCAAUGAAAAUAAGUUAAUGUGAUAGAGCUAAUAAUCAAGUGACAAGGGAAGUGUGCAAAAUGAAAGUCUAUAGAAGCUAAAUAAGCUAUAAACAUACUCUAUACAAAUACGUUGAUGACAAGUACACAUGAUCAAUAUUGUAGUGUCUCGUAUUAACUUAAAGGUAUUCACCUGAAAAUGAAAACCCUUCAUGGGAAUGUGUGAAACUGCAGGUCAUUGACAUCCAGAGAAAGAAAAAUGGUUGUUAGUAGCUGCUGGUCCCAAUAUUCUUCAAAAUCUUUCAUUUAAUCGGAAGAUGUAAAUAGGAAUGUGCUUUACUUGACUACUUGUGAUUGAUCUACUAAAACGCUUCAGGUGUAAACAGAUCUGUCAUUGUACAUCAACACAAUUGAAGUUUGUCCUACUAGGCGCCUCCACUUCUGUUCUGAACAAAUGAAACCAUAAAUGUUUUAAAAUAAAUGAUGUUACUGACAUUUAAGUCAUUUUGUUUUCAGUCAGAUUAGAUCACCGAUCAAGAUAGCUUUGACUCAUAGCAGAAAAAGUGCAUUUUAUCUCACUAGCUGAGUUCCCAUCCUAAAGUGAAGUGAACCUUUUCAUAAUCUGCAAACAAACUAAUAAAUAAAUUAAUUAAUCUAAUAAUCAAGUAACCAAUAGUAAACAUAGCAAGGCUAAUGGAGAGAUCUGAUUGGUGAUGUGGGUAUAAUUUUUGCUAUAUCAGAGUUUAUUCAGCAGAUGUGUUUCCAUCUAUUUUUCUUAAUAAUGAUUUGUCACGCAAAUCCAAAUCUACCUCAAGGGAGAGUAAAAAUGUUUGUGAAUUUAGAGAUUUUUAUUUUAAAUUUGCCCUUUCCAUCAUUCAUUUCUAAUGCGAUUCUUCAAAUUGUACAUUAAAAUGGUUAUGAAAACUCAGCUACUGACUCUCGAGUGCAAUAAUGUUAGCUAGCUGCCUGACUGAGCCACUGAAAUGCCCUUCAGCAGAAUAAAAAAGAUUUUGGGAGCAUCAUAACUAAAAACUUAAUAAAUGUAAAAGUGAUACCUUUUAGCUUUUAGUUAUGUUUACAAUGCAAAUCCAAUUAGAUUCCCUUAACUGUUAAACAAAGCAAGUCUAUCAUAUAAUAUAUCUACUAAACGACAGAAAACAUUACUUUAGAGACUGUAUUGUAAAUAAAUCAUAUAAACAUUUUCAUAUUUGUCAAUAUUAUUACUGCAGUUAUUUUAAAAGCUGAAUAAAUGUCUUUUAUACUUACAUUUUACCUUUCAAACUAAAUAAAUAGACUCAGUGAUGAACUCAAGAGGUUCUGUGUGGGCCUAGACAUGAUAAAUGAUGUCAAACUAAUGUUUCGUCCAAAACUGGACCAUACUCAAAUUAUGAAUCUUUAUUUUAAGUUUACUGUAAGUAAACUAGACAGUUUUGAACAUUGGGAUAAAAAGGGAUUAGUUCACUUUACUUUUAAAAAGCAAAUAAACCCAUUUCUUUUAAAGCGAUUGGUUGACUUUAAUUAAAUAAAACGAGUAAACUCAUUGCAAGCAGUGUUGGGGAGGUUACUUUGGAACUGUAAUAGAUUACACAUUACAAAUUACCCUAUUUAAAAUGCAAUAAGUAUAUUUUAAUUAAUGUACAUUUAAUUACUUUAUAAAAGUAAAGUAACUGAUUACAUCUUAUUACUUUUUGAUUACUUUUAAUAUUCUAAUGGAUAUUUUCAACUAAAUCAUUUUCAAGCAUUUAUACCAAGCAGGUGGGACCUUACAAUAACUCUGUUUACUUUUAGAAUAUCAAAAUCUUUCAUCACUUGAAUCAAGAUUAUAUUAAUUUACAUCUUUCCAUCUGCCUUGGUUGGCGAUGUCACCGACCAAAGUGAGAGGUGGCAGUAAUGCAUCAAAAAGUUUGUUGUCGACCACCGAAAAACAGGACAAAAUCCAUCAGUCUCGCCGUCGUAUGGAUUUACUUUCAUCGUUUAAUCACUGGCCUCAGAGCUCCGUGAAUGUCGGUGCCGUCACUUAUUGAUCGGCAAUCUGUAAAUGUAGCUUGUGUUGACGCCACAUGCGCUACUAGACAAAAAAAAAA